AUGACGUCCUUAUCGUGGCUGCUGCUGGCUGCCGCCGGCCUGUCGCUGGUGGCGGCGUCGUGCGACAAGUCGCUGCUGCCCGAGCUGACGUUCACGCUGAACGGCGCCAACCUGGCCUGGCCGUGCACGUCGACGCGCAACAUCUACGCCUCGUCGGGCCGCUACGUGUCGCGCAACAUCAUCGCGACCCGCGUGCAGAUCUUCAAGGACGAGGCCAUCGUGGCAACGCCGCGCUACAAGCCGGGCGUGCCCUUCACGCUGGGCAAGCUGUCGCUCAAGAGCAAGGACCACCAGGCGGUGCUGAGCCCCUUCCCCUGCUGGAGCCUCCAGGAGGAGGGCAACUGCCAGGCGCUGCAGUCGGUCGUCGACCUGUUCCUCGACCCGCAGGACAUCCUCUGGGUGCUCGACGUCGGCAUCGUCAACACGCUGGACCAGCCCAUCCGCCGCUGCCCGCCCAAGAUCGUCGCCAUCAACGUGAAGACCGGCAAGGUGGUGAAGGUGAUCGACCUGUCGGGGCUCGUGUGCUCGGCCAGCCGGCUGCAGUACCUCGUGGUCGACUACGCUGAGGACGGGCGCGUGUUCAUCUACGUGAGCGACGCGGCGACGCGCGCCAUCAUCGUGUUCGACGUGACGGCCGGGCGCGGCUUCCGCGUGGUGCUGCCCAAGGCGGUCACCGACGGCUGCCUGCGCCGCGACGUGCUCUACCUGGCGCUCAUCCGCAAGCCGUGCGGCACCACCGUGCUCUACUUCACCUACCUGUCCUCGGGCCGGCUCUUCUCCAUCAAGACGGCGCACCUGAGGCGCGGCAACGCGCGCGGCACCGUCGUCGACGUCGGCCCCAAACCCACCAACCUGGUCAUCCUGGGCACGGACGGCGGCACCGCCCUCUUCUUCCGCUACAAGGGCGACAGCGAGAUCUACCUGUGGAACACGGAGACCUGCUUCAAGGAGGAGAAUUUCAUGCUGGUGCAGCAGGCCGGCGAGUGCCGCCUGGCCACGCAGGUGGUUCCAGGGUACAAGCGGCUCAUGUGGGUGCUGGAGAGCAACUUCCAGGACUACAUCCAGAACACCGUGGGCUGCGCCGGCGCCUCCGUCUCCCUGCACCCGCUCGUCAAGGGCUGCGAAUAA